AUGUUUUUAACGCUGGUAUACCUCAUUCGCACUCACGUGAGCUACGUUAUGACGAUUGAGCAUGCCACACAGCAGGGGUUGAGCGUUAUACGAAAGGCACACGACUCCAAAUACGUGUAAGCAGAUGUGCAGUACAGGCAGACAAAUACAAACCAAACUGGCCGACGACAGCUUCAUGCAUUGUGCUUCUCAUUCUUUUCACUGCAAUUGCAGACCAGAGCUGCAGAUACAAGUAAGUGGGUGGCAGCGUGAGAUGACGCAUGCCAUGUCCAUGCCAUUUCCACUUGCGUCACGUGUUUGUGAGGAUUUGUAUAUCUGAAUGUUAUUCUUAUCAGUUCUUCCGAUUCAAGUUCCGAGAGCAGUGGUCGAAAGCUGUAGAUGCCCUCUACGAGACGUACCCCGUCCAGAAAAACAAAGGAAGCGCAUAUUUCGUUUCCCUUCCCGGAAUGGAUGUUUCGAGGCUAACCGACUUCUUGGUGCGUACAAUACGGGCCAGAUACCUAUCGGCGGCUCCAUAAUUUUGGACGUUAUCGUUUGUCCUGCUGGUUCGCAGGAAACAGUGGAAGCUCAUAUUGGGACCCUUCUUUAUCGCUUCUUGCGCACUACUGGGAGAAUGCGUCCAUCGACUGCGGCGCUUUCGACAAUUCUAUCGUUCAGUGCUGCGACAUCUCCCGCAACCGCCUGGCACCUAUUUGAUCACCUCUAUGAGACCUACAGCUUGAAGUCCGGGGGGCUGAAAUCCGACACGCACAACUUGAAGAAGCGUGCGUCCAGCCCUCUAGAAUACAAACUAGAUUGGUUUCUGAGAAGCCACCCAGUGUACCGGUGUCUCGACAUGCUCUCCACCUAUUCUGACAAGGAUCCAAUCCCAAAGGGACCAGCGGCUAGGACGAAAAUCGGCAGGCUUUCCGCCGUCGCUGAGAUGGAGACAUGCUCGCAAACGACAUUCGCGACGGUGCCCGUGAGGUCGCGGGAGUGGGGAGAAGGGAAUCCAGAUGUACAAGAGCUGCUCCAGGUACCGCGCCCGCGGUCAAGAAACAUCACAUACAUUGACCCCUUCUCCCCGAGGCUGGUCGAUUUCUUCUACCUUCAGGCAUGCACACAUGCACACGCACGCACGCCAAACCAUACAAUCGAAAUUCAUCUAAAGGCUGCUGUCUCCUAUUGAUGUAGUCAACUGAUUACGACAGACGCGCUUCGUUGUCGGAGAUCUCAUGGGUCUGGCAACAAGGGAUACCGUAUCACGUAAGGCUCACUAUGGGUAGGGGAAUGCCCCUUUGUGUGUCCCCACUUGUGUGUCUCUGCCAUGUGAAUGAUGGGUAAAUCGACGACCAACAGCAAUCCCUUACGAGGUUCGGUCAGCGGAUGCGGUCGGGGUCCAAUCAGUAUGCGGUGCUGUUGAGUUUGAGGAGAAUGCGGGAUCUUCUCUCAUCAGCGGCAUUCUUCGGCUUGUUCAAGCAUGACCAAAGCGUGCCCAUCCAAAGUCUCCUCAAGUAUUUGGCAGGUCAAGCGAUUGAUCCUGUCGUCAAUCAGAUGAAAGGUGGGGACACAUAGAGGCUCUGUCUUUCACGCCUUUCAGCAUUUCCAGUCUUUUUCACCGCCCUUCUGUCUGAUUUCUUCGCCAAACUCAUUGAUGACGGGGUCGACAUUGAUGAGAAGAUUAUCACCUACCUACUUAUGAGCGCCAUGCCAGAGUGGUCAGCUUGCUUGUCGCAUACAUGCACGCAAUCCUCUGAUGCAUGCGUGUAUGAUGUGCCUUGACGUGCCUUUGGCAGGGUCAACUCUGUGGUCAACUUUGACUAUAUCGAUGCAACACUGGAUAAGGACCUGCUUCAGGUCAACUUGAGCAUCCUCCGAUGGUGCCUCCACGUCAUUGCACUCGUGGCGCUCAUCUUCGUCGCCUUCCUUCUCAUGCGGACCCACGCGGCCUACCUCGAUAUGAUGGACAGGCGGAGCACCGGAUUCUGCUUCCAUGACCUGCUGCAGCGGCCGUUGUCGAGAAACCACAGAGACUCGGCGCCAAUGCAGAAGGCCAGAAGGCGGUCCAUACAGCAAUGGAAGGACAGAAUGGGAGAUGAUGAGGGGCCUCCGCCGGAGGCUCCAGAAGGCCACGAACGAUCUGCAUCAUUGCUGCUCCAUGCGACCCACAUCUAUUUCGACGCCUCCUGCUUUCCCGGCGUGCUCUUUGGGACUGUUCUCAUUGCAGUAAGCAGGAAUCCAUACAUGUCGAUUGCCGCUUUGUGAACCGUCUGCCUGUGUCGUGUCUCUCCCCUCUGUAUGCAGUACAACGGUGUCAUCCUUGUGUUUGGCUCUCUCACGUUUCUUGUGCUUUUCUUCCUCUGCAUUCCGCGAGUGAGGUCGUGGGUCAUCGACUCAGGCAUACUGCUGGCGAUCGGCUUUGCUGCCAUUCCAAUCGCACGUGAAAUCUCCCGCAGGUCAGCUUGCAGCUGAUGAAAGGAGAGACACGUUCGCGUCACAUGCAUCUCUCCUGUCUGUCGGAUGAAUGCGAUACAGUUAUCUAUUUCACCAUCGGUCUUGCAUGAUGGACCCCACGACCGGCGAGCCAAGCCGCCAUCUCGCCUUCUCAAUCGCUUUCCUGUUCUCAACUCUGGUGAACUUCGUCCUGGGUGUCCUCAGCAGUGUGCGGCGAUUCCUGCUGGCCGCGUACUUCGGUUUUGUCAGCGCGUUCAGGUUCGGAAUCGCCUCUUUUCUCUUUGGCCCUGCUCAUAUAUAUGUGUGUGUGGGAUGGGUACGUGCAGGUUCGACAAGAGUCCGUUUCCGGGCCACUUCCAGCCCUUUGACAAGACGUACCAGUCGUUCCUGGCUCUCUGCGAGCUGAGCCAUCGCGAGUACAGCCUGCUGUACCGCGCCGCUGCCAAAGUCUUCAUGGAGCUCUAUCGUGAAAUACUCGGCAAGAGACCUGAUGCCCAGGACGCAACGACGCUUGCUGAGUCGUCUCCCCAAUCGCAGCAGAGGCAGGUGAUCCGUCUGCGGCACCGAAACCGGAUGUGGCUGGCGGUGCUGCUGUCGAGAAAUCCCAGCUUGAGGAUGUGGAGAAGAAGGGAUUGA